AUGUCGGCUGAAGAUUCAAGUGUCAAAAUCAAGAUCGAACCCGCAUCGCCAGAAACGGCAACCCAGGUUCCAGGAGAUGAUGUCGCAUCCACCGCCGAAAUAAACAAGACCACCGAUCAAGCAGCUCCAAUGCCAGCCGAAUUUCCAAAAGUUGCCGUUCCAAGGGUUGGUGUCACGGCUGUGAUCCAAAAUGCAGAGGGCAAAUUCCUCUGCAGCAUCCGAAAGGGCAGCCAUGGCGAGGGCACAUGGCAGUUCCCUGGCGGACACUUGGAGCCUGGAGAGGAGCUCCUGGAUUGUGGCGCGCGAGAGACGCUUGAGGAAACGGGCCUUGAGGUUGAAGGAAAGGGUGUCUUUACUAUUACGAAUGAUGUGUUUCUGAAGGAAGGCAAGCACUACAUUACAAUCUUUGCCAAGUUCGUCAUGAAGGACCCGAGCCAGAAGCCAAAGAUCUUGGAGCCACAGAAGUGCGACGGAUGGUACUGGAAGUCGUGGGAUGAGCUGUUGGCCAUCAAUGACGCUGCGGCUGCUGGUACUGCAACGAACGGCCUGUUUCUGCCUCUAGUGAAUCUGAUCAAGAAGACAUCCGACCUCAGCCUCGAUGAGUUUAUUAAGUCGAAAGGCUUCUGA